AUGUACGCACUCCAAACAGAGAAAUUUACCUGCCAAUCUUUUCUUUACAAUUUAAUUUUUUCUUUGCCUUUUCUUUCUUCCAUGGAUAUCCCAGUCUACUUCACGUCGGACCUCACAUCGUCGGAGAGACGUGUGUCGCCGCGAUGGACCAUUGGCUACUUGAAACAGCGAUUGGAACAGAUUACCGGAAUCGAAUGCCAGUAUAUGGCUUUGCACCAUUACCCCAACGGCAAUAGCAACGAAUAUAAAGUGAUAGGCGACAAGGACGACAGCACGCUAGCCGAGUACAAUAUAGCGCCGUACUCGCGCAUCCAUGUCAUGGACUUAGACCCAAACUCGAAACUAAAGCAGCUCAGUCAGGUUUCGGCCACACAAGAGUUCCAGCUCUCAGAGGAGGAGUACAACAAACGGGCCGACUCGGUCUUGCAAUGGAAGAAACAGCAGCAGUUGGGCCGUUUCGACCCGGCCUAUAACGACAGCAAGAAAAGAGCGCAAGAAGAAAACGAGCAAAAGGCCCAGAACAUCCAGGUGGGCCAGCGGUGCCGCGUGAUCAACAUCGAGGGCGAGAGAAGAGGUGUGGUGAAGUUUGUCGGGCGCAUUCCCGAAUUGGACAAGGGCGAAAGUGUAUGGACCGGAGUCGAGUUUGAUGAACCUGUGGGGAAGAAUAAUGGCACCAUAGGCACACUUCGGAUUUUCGACGCCAAGCCCAACCACGGGUCGUUUGUUCGGCCCAAACAGGUCGAAGUGGGCGAUUUCCCCGAACUUGAUCCUUUUGCCAGCGACGAAGAAGAAUUGUGA